CUGAUUUUUAAAAUAGUCUCCUUCUUAGUAAUGGCGGCUCCGCAAGUUUCUCGCUCGGGAAAGAAGAAUAAAUGGUACUUUACCCGGGAGCAGAUCGAAAACAGUCCAUCUCGUCGAGCAGGACUUGACCCUGAUAAAGAAUUAUCAUACAGACAACAGGCUGCUAAUCUUCUCCAGGAUAUGGGACAACGGCUCAAUGUGUCCCAGCUCACUAUCAACACUGCCAUUGUGUACAUGCAUCGCUUCUACAUGAUCCAGUCUUUCACUCGCUUCCACCGAAAUGUGAUUGCCCCUGCUGCGCUUUUCUUGGCAGCAAAGGUUGAAGAGCAGCCACGCAAGCUGGAGCAUGUGAUUAAGGUGGCCCAUGCCUGUCUCAAUCCUCAGGAGUCUCCUCUUGACUCUAGAAGUGAUACUUACCUGCAACAAUCCCAAGACCUGGUCAUGCUUGAGAGCAUUAUACUCCAGACCCUCGCUUUUGACAUCACAAUUGACCAUCCUCACACACAUGUCGUCAAGUGUACACAGCUCGUACGAGCGAGUAAGGACCUGGCCCAGACAUCAUAUUUUAUGGCAACCAACAGGUGUGUUAAUUCUUUGCCCAAAAAACAGUUCAGCUAAAAUUUAUUUUUUUUUCCCCUGCUAAUGAGCUUGUUACUUUGGUUUUAUAGCUGAUUCCAUCUUGCUUGUGUAUAUUAUACAUUUUGUCAUGCUUAGUGUUUCUGAAAUGUCCCACCCCCCCACCCUCAUCUCUCCCCCCCCCCCCCCCCCGUUGCCCACUUUGGACCAAUACAUCAAUUCAGCCUGCACCUGACCACCUUCUGCCUG